GGCGAUCUCCUCCCCGGUUCCCUCUUCAUUAUCUCCUUCUCCUCCCAAAUUUCAAUCCACUUUUUUUCCCGUUAAAUCCUAAAAGAAAUCCCCAUUAAAUUGUCCGAUCCCAAAUUCUAUCUCCCAGAGACCAAAAAGAUCGGACUUUUCUUAUUAAUCCGUGCAGUAUUCGUGAGUUCUGUGAAGAAUUUCCCAUGAAACCGUCUCAUUUGUUCGACGAAACCUCUUUAAUCCAUCUCUUUUUAUUCCUUUGUAGCUCUGGAGUAUUUCAUAUAAAAAACAAAGAUUUUUUUUUUGGGAGUAAAAAAGAGUAAAAGAUUCAAUUUUACUGGGUUUUUCCCUUUUAUUACAAUCUAAAAGUGACUCCAGAAGGGGAAAGAUCCAAUCUUUAUCACAAUUUUUUGAGCUCUCAAUCUGAGAAGAAAUGGGGAGGCUUCAAGGAAGAUUUGGAUCCUUCCUGAACAACAGAUGGCUGGUUUUUGUGGCCGCAAUGUGGGUGCAAUCCGUCGCAGGUAUUGGAUACCUCUUUGGGAGCCUGUCGCCGGUGAUCAAGAGCUCUCUUGGCUACAACCAACGCCAGAUCGCCAGCCUCGGCGUCGCGAAGGACCUCGGCGACAGUGUCGGGUUCCUUGCCGGCAGCCUCUGCGAGAUCCUACCUCUCUGGGCGGCGCUGCUCAUCGGAGCGCUGCAGAAUUUAAUUGGAUAUGGGUGGGUUUGGCUCAUCGUCACGGGGAGAGCGCCGGCGUUGCCUCUGUGGGCGAUGUGCGUUCUUAUCUUUCUGGGAAAUAAUGGAGAGACUUACUUCAACACAGCUGCACUGGUUUCAUGUGUACAAAAUUUUCCCAAGAGUAGGGGCCCCAUAGUGGGAAUACUAAAGGGAUUUGCUGGUCUGAGUGGUGCGAUUUUGACUCAGAUAUUUGCAAUGAUACACACAUCUGAUCAUGCUGCUCUCAUCUUUAUGGUUGCAGUGGGACCAUCAUUGGUAGUUAUUGCCUUGAUGUUCAUUGUUAGACCUGUUGGAGGCCACAGACAAGUGCGGCCUUCAGAUAAAUCUAGUUUUAUGUUCAUUUAUAGCUUGUGUUUGCUUCUUGCUGCUUAUCUAAUGGGCAUCAUGCUUCUAGAAGAUUUAGUUAACUUGAGUCAUACUGUGAUUAUUGCAUUCACAGUAAUGCUACUCUUUCUCCUAAUAUUUCCCAUUGUCAUUCCAUUGCUCUUGACUUUCCAUUUUGAUGUCAUUUCUCCUGCUCAAGAAUUUCUCUUGCCUGAGACUUCAAAAGGAGAGACAAGUAAGUCAGGUCAAUCUGAGGAACAAAAUGAGGUUAUUCUAAGUGAGGUAGAGGAGGAAAAGCCAAAGGAAGUUGACUUACUGCCUACAUUGGAGAGGCAGAAGAGGAUUGCCCAGUUGCAAGCUAGACUAUUUCAAGCAGCAGCGGAAGGAGCUGUGAGGGUCAAGAAGAGGAGAGGUCCACGUAGGGGAGAAGACUUUACCUUGACACAGGCAUUGAUAAAGGCAGACUUUUGGCUUAUCUUUGUCUCUCUUUUGCUGGGAUCAGGAUCUGGUUUGACAGUCAUUGAUAAUUUGGGCCAGAUGAGCGAGUCGUUGGGUUACGAUGAUACUCAUAUUUUUGUAUCCAUGAUCAGUAUUUGGAACUUUCUUGGCCGUGUAGGUGGAGGCUAUUUUUCUGAGAUCAUUGUGAGGGACCAUGCUUAUCCAAGGCCAGUGGCUAUGGCAGUAGCUCAGAUUCUGAUGGCUAUUGGACACUUCUUCUUUGCCAUGGCUUGGCCUGGAACAAUGCACAUCGGAACAUUGCUGAUCGGACUUGGAUAUGGAGCUCAUUGGGCCAUUGUGCCAGCUGCUGCCUCUGAGCUGUUUGGCUUGAAAAACUUUGGGGCCUUGUACAAUUUUCUCACUGUGGCCAAUCCUGCAGGUUCACUGAUCUUCUCAGGUCUAAUUGCUAGUGGUAUUUAUGACUAUGAAGCAGGGAAACAAGCACACAUGCAUAAUAGUUCAGCUUCUUUACUUCAGAGUUUACUUCAUGAUGUUUCACACUGCAUCUUUGAGGCCACAAACUUGGAUGUCCCAAACCAAGUUGGUGUGUGUGGGGCACUCUGGCACCAGGGGCAAAAUGGAAGAAUACUAGUUGUGUAUGUAUUUGCAAUGGAUACCAGGCCUUACCAACAAGAUUUCAUAGGUUUUCAGCUUUCACAUUCUGGAUGGAUAAUUCAGUGGUAACUUCUCAUGGACACCUAAGUUCAGCUAAGCUUCAGUUCUGAAGUAAAAGAUGAAAAGAACAUUCCUUGAUGCAAGAAAAAUUCAUGGACAAA